AUGAAUUCAAAAAUUAAAGGAAUAACGGAUGAUAUAACAUCAAUUCCACCAGAAGAACAAAGAUAUUACGCAUUAAAUGCAUUUCCUAAAGUUUUGAAGAUUGGAAGAUUUAAUUUAAAUGAGGAAUUCAUAAAAGGUUUCCUAAAUGACAUAAUGAAGAAGGCAAAUUUGGUUUAUGUUGAUGAAAAAGAUAAUGAAAUUAUAGAAAGGGUUGAUAGUGAAUUAAUGAAGAAAGCAAAUUUGGUUUAUGUUGAUGAAAAAGAUAAUGAAAUUAUAGAAAGGGUUGAAUGGUAUCAUGAACGGACAUCAAAGAUUUUAAAAACUAAAGCUGAUACAGGAUGGGUUUCAGGAUGUUUAGACCUUAAAGCAGAUAAGGAAUAUGUUAACGAUGAGUUAAAUAAGAAGGCAGAUAAGGAAUAUGUUAACGAUGAGUUAGGGAAGAAGGCAGAUAAGGAAUAUGUUAACGAUGAGUUAAAUAAGAAGGCAGAUAAAACAUAUGUUAACGAUGAGUUAGGGAAGAAGGCAGAUAAGGAAUAUGUUAACGAUGAGUUAGGGAAGAAGGCAGAUAAGGAAUAUGUUAACGAAAUAUACCAAA